AUGGGUCAAGCUAAUCAGUCCAUGAUGUCAGACUUCACUCUCAUGGGGCUCUUUAGCUACUCAAAACCACAUCUGGUCCUAUUCUCCAUUGUGGUCACCAUAUUCACCAUGGGCCUUUUGGGCAAUGCCACCCUGCUCUUCUUGAUUCACACAGACCCCAGGCUCCACACACCCAUGUACUUUCUGCUUAGUCAACUCUCCCUAUUGGAUGUUGGCUUUCCAUUGGUCACCAUUCCCAAGAUGGCAGUCAACUUCAUGCAGGGAGAUAGUUCUAUCUCCUUUGGAGGUUGUGGAGCUCAGAUGUUCUUUCUGAUGUUGAUGGGUGUCUCUGAAGGUGUUCUGCUAUCCCUCAUGUCUUACGAUCGCUAUGUUGCAGUGUGCCACCCCUUGCAUUAUCCCAUACUCAUGAGACACCAAGUGUGCCUGCUCAUGGUGGCCAUCUCCUGGUUUUCAGGUGUGCUUGUGGCCUCCAUACAGACCUCUAUCAUCCUGCACUUCCCAUACUGUGACUCACGCGCUGUGGAACACUUCUUUUGUGAACUGCCUGCUCUGCUGAAGCUCACAUGUGCAGCUACCUCUGCCUAUGAGUUGGCACUGUCCAUCUCGGGGGUGCUGAUUUUGCUGCUGCCCCUCUCGCUCAUCUUCACCUCAUACAGCCAUGUUUUGAGAGCCAUUCUCCAUAUGAACUCAAUUGAAGCUCGACACAAAGCCUUUGCCACGUGCUCCUCACACAUCAUAGUAGUGGGACUCUUUUAUGGGGCAGCUGUAUUCAUGUAUAUGGUUCCAGGCUCCUACCAUAGUCCACAGCAGGACAAUGUAGUUUCCCUCUUCUAUAGUCUUGUUACUCCCACACUCAACCCCCUCAUCUAUAGUCUGAGAAAUCGAGAAGUUCAAGUGGCUUUGGCCAAGGUCCUUACCAGAGUUGUUUUCAGAUCGAAGAGAUGA